AUGUCGCUGUUUCGUGGAGGCCGGCAGAUAGUGACCACUUUGUUGGUCAACAACUCGAUUAAACGGACUUUGGCCACAAGUGCUAAGAAAGAUGCCAAAGUAUGUGUUCUUGGAGCAGCUGGUGGGAUUGGUCAGCCACUGUCCUUGCUUUUGAAAAACACCCCCUUAGUGAGUCACUUGGCACUGUAUGAUAUUGCCCACACACCGGGUGUGGCUGCAGAUCUUAGCCAUAUUGAAACCAAAGCCAAAGUAACGGGUCAUAUGGGACCGAGUGAACUUGAAGCCGCUGUUACAGGUGCAGAUAUUGUCCUUAUUCCUGCUGGUGUUCCCAGGAAACCAGGUAUGACAAGAGACGAUUUAUUCAACACAAACGCAUCCAUUGUUGCCAACCUUGCUGAUGCUUGCGCCCAGUUCUGCCCUAAAACCAUGCUUGGAAUUAUCACCAACCCUGUUAACUCUACAGUACCCAUUGCUUCAGAAGUCUUCAAGAAUAGAGGCGUCUAUGACCCAAAGAGGAUAUUUGGUAUCACUACUUUAGACAUCGUACGAGCCAAUACAUUUAUUGCAGAAGCCAGGGGCCUGGAUGUAUCAAAAGUGAGUGUCCCAGUAAUUGGUGGACAUUCUGGUGUGACUAUUAUCCCACUGAUUUCACAGACCACCCCACCUCUGUCUUUCCCACAGGAGGAACGUGAGCGUCUAUCUCGGCGUAUCCAGAAUGCUGGCACAGAAGUUGUGGAAGCCAAAGCUGGAGCAGGUUCCGCCACAUUGUCUAUGGCCUAUGCAGGAGCUCGUUUUACCUUCUCCAUGUUAGAAGCUCUGUCUGGAAUGGAAGGCAAAGUUGAAUGUGCCUUUGUUCGAUCUGAUGAAACUGAGGUCAAAUAUUUCUCUACACCUCUUCUACUGGGGCCGAAUGGUGUUGAGAAGAAUCUUGGAAUUGGAAAACUCAUUGAAUAUGAAGUUGAACUGAUAAAAGAGGCCCUUCCGGAAUUGGAGGCGAAUAUCAAGAAAGGAGAGGAUUUUGUGAAAAAUAUGAAAUAA